AUGACCAGCGUUCUCAGACUUCUGGUACGAUCAUGCACGCUGGUCGUUAUCGGCGUUGCCGCAAUACCUACCAGCCGUACUUCGGUCAUGCCGCGAAACACCUUGCCGAAGCUAGUGGUUGCACACUUCAUGGUGGGCAACACCUACCCUUACUCCGUCGACGACUGGACCAAAGACAUCGCUCUCGCUCAUUCUAAGGGUAUCGAUGGCUUCGCUCUUAAUGUGGGCGGUGGUGACUGGCAACCUCUUCGCGUCGCAGACGCUUAUUCCGCAGCAGCCAACUCGGGCACCAACUUCAAAUUCGGUCGCGUUCUCGUCUCGACAUUCUCCGGCGAGAACUGCUACUUUGGCGCCAGCAAUGUCGACGCCGGAUGGCAGGCCACCAUUAAAGAUGGACUACCCGGUGUAUUCUUCUUACCGUCGUUCUUCGUCGACCCCACCACGUUCAAGCAAUAUCCCGUUGCGGAUGGCUUCUCCAACUGGAACGGGGGAUGGCCCAUGGGCAACUAUGAUGUAGACUUUGAGUCUGACAACGGUUACCUGAGCAAUUUGGGCGGUCGUGCGUUUAUGGGUGCCGUGUCCCCGUGGUUCUUCACGCAUUACGGUCCGGAAUCAUUCAACAAGAACUGGAUUUACCGGUCGGACGACUGGCUUUUCGCUCGGCGAUGGGAGGACAUCAUCGCCAACCGCGACCGAGUGGAUAUUGCAGAGGUGAUCACAUGGAAUGAUUAUGGAGAAUCCCACUACAUUGGCCCGAUAGAAGGUGCGCAGCCGAACUCGCAAGCAUGGGUCAACGGAUUCGACCAUCAAGGUUGGCUCGAUCUCAACCAGUACUAUAUUGAAGCAUACAAGAUAGGCUCGUAUCCUUCGAUUUCUCGGGACCGCGUGUUUUUGUGGGCAAGGCUGUUCCCUGCUGCCGCAUCUACUGCGGAUUCCGUGUCUCGCCCGGAGAAGGCUGACUUCACUCAGGACUUCCUCUGGGCGGUAGUCUUAUUAACGUCGCCAGGACAGGUGACCCUUGCCUGUGGUCCCAGCGUGCAGACGACGAAUGUACCAGCAGGACUCGCCAAGCUGAAGCUGCCACUCACCAGCGACUGCGACGCGUCGUCUACCGUAUCGAGAGACGGUCGGCGUGUUAUAGACUUCCAGCCGAAUGGUUUCCACUUCAGCACUAACCCUACCAUGUACAACUUCAACGCCUUCGUAGCAGCUUCCCCUUAA